AUGGCUAGUAAAGGAAAAGAGGAUGACAAGCGAGUUGAUGAUGCUCCCGAAACUACAACGGCACAACAAAGCGAGAAGCCAAAAUCACGACCGCCAUCUUCAAAGCCAGACUUGCCUCCAGGCGCCAUUUCUGGUCCCUUCGAUUCCUCUGCUGCUUUGCUAGCUCAAUAUGGCUACACAUUGGGACCCAGUCUUGGGAAAGGAUCAUAUGCAGUUGUGAAAAGUGCACAGUCUAAAAAGCACAAGCGAAAAGUCGCGAUUAAAAUAAUUUCAAAGAAAAAGGCGCCUGAGGACUACCUCACAAAGUUUUUGCCGCGCGAAAUUCAAGUCCUAAAACGUCUUCGACAUCCACAUUGCAUUACCCUGCUCGAGGCCAUAGAAACAAACACAAGAAUAUAUCUAAUUAUGAAUCUUGCUGAAAAUGGGGACUUAUUAGAAUACAUACGAUCCAACGGAGCAUUAUCGGAUGACGGAGCACGGACCUUCUUUGCGCAGCUUGUUGCCGCAACAGAAUAUUUUCAUUCGAUGGGCAUUGUCCACCGCGACUUAAAAUGCGAAAACUUACUACUUGACCAUAACUACAACAUCGUGGUAUCUGACUUCGGAUUUGCACGCGCAUCGAUGAUUGUGCCGGAAACAAAUAAACGCGUUUUGAGUCAAACCUUUUGUGGCUCAUAUGCAUAUGCACCGCCAGAGAUUUUGCGUGGUAUUGCAUACGACGCAAUGCUAGCUGACAUAUGGAGCUUGGGUGUUGUGCUUUUUACAAUGGUUAGUGCGAGCUUGCCCUUUGAUGAUUCUCACUUGAAAACCCUCCUGGAGCAAGUCAUGCGACCAGUGCAUUUCUCUAGAAGAAAAAACAUAUCUCCUGAGGUAAAGGAUUUGAUCAACAAAAUGUUGCAACCAGAUGUUCGUAAACGUUACGAUUUACCAGAAAUCAAAGAGCACAUCUGGCUUAAAGGGGAAAAGCUACCUAAUGAGGAAGAAACAAAGGUGGUGAAGCCUGUUUUGGAAGGUAAAGUACCGGAUGAAUCAGUUGUUGCCACAGAGACCAAAUGCUGACGCAACCUGUUUGGUUAUAGACAAAGGUUGGCCGUGAAGUAACAGUAACAGAUCAUCGUAAAACUUAUUAAAUGUUUUGAAACUUCCCUUAUCGUCAGAGGUGAAGAAGCCUUGAAAAAACGUCUUGGAAAAUGAAUUUUAGAGUUUACUGAAUAAGACAUGUUUUAAUUCUUAUGUAUGUUGUAAAUUGCUGGACAAUUUGUACCAAAUGUACCAACAAUUCGUUCUUGCAGUGCGUGACUUUAGCAUGCAUAGCCUAGAGGUCCUAGCACUCUUUGACGCUCAGCAAAUCUUCUAAGUAGAAGAAAAGAGUCUUGAAAUCUGGGCUGAAUUCGAGGGCUUCACAUACUGGGGGCAAAUUUCUCUUUAGCCACCAUCUCACUUUAUGAGCGUAAAGAAGUAAGCACAUGAAUUAUUGUAAUUCAGAAAAGAUUAAUACAUCAAAAAAUG